AUGGGUGCUUCUCCAAAACCUUCCCUUCUUCCUUUUGAUUCAAAAGAUGGGACAAUUGUUACCACCAAGUCUUCAAAAGGUUCAGCUCCCCGCCGGCGUAAAGUUGUGGAAGCGCAGGCGAGGAGACGAAAGAUGAAGCCAGGUGGUGGACGAUAUGCAUGGAGUAGAAGAUCCGGAGGGACUGUGAAUGGGAUAGAGAGAAGAGUUAGAGCACUGAUGAAACUUGUCCCAAUUCAUGAGAAGGUUUCAGGGUUGGACGAGCUUUUCAUGGAGACUGCUGAUUACAUACUGCUUUUACAAAUGCAAGUGAAGGCCAUGCAGGUUAUGGUCAAGGUGUUAACCGGCUCUAACGAGUAA